CUAUUGUAUCACGUGACUAGUCUUCUGAAAGUUAAUUUAACAUCAUUAAUAUUUUAGGAAAAUUGACCAUCUUAAUGUUCAUUAUUUUGCCAAUUCUGUUUUAUAAUUAGUCUUCUGGGAAAUUUUUAUAGUGAGUAAUAUUCAUACAGAAUAAAAAAAUACCCCCAACAUAUACUUUUUAAUAGAACGAAGAACAACUGAUAGUUUACAUUUAGUAAAUAUAAUUCGAUAAUUAUGUAAUGCAACAAUAUACAGGUAUUUAUGUUGAUCAUAAUAAUUUACUAUCAUCUAUCCUAUAUGAUUAUUUAUGUAAUUCUGUUAAAACGUUGAACUAUAGUUGAAAUAUAAAAGAGCUAAAUAAUAAUAAAAAAACCCCUUUCAGACUGAUUACACCGUAUGGUGUUUUCUUAAAUUGCGGCUUUUAAUUAUGCACAUUGAAUGUUACACUUUUAAAAAACUGCCGAUUUCCAUUCAAUUUUAAAAGGUGGCUGAUACAGUAUUGACUCGCUUGCGCUUUUCCAUAUGCUUUUUCUGUUCUAUUCACCGAUGUGACCUGUGAAAUUCGCCAAGCGAUCAAUAUAACGAAGAGUUUAUAAAAUGAUAAAGCACUAUCUUAGGAGAAUAUCUUGCUUUGUAACGCUUUUAUUUUGGAUUCCUGUAAUGACAUAUAUUUUGUUAAAGUUUACAAGGAAUAGCAAAUCGAAUAACUUUCAAAUGAAUGAUAUGAAUAGUCAAUUACUGAAGUAUCAACGAGAUGGAAGGCAUAAUUUAAAUGUAGAGAAAGAAUUUAGCUUAUACAAUUGCUCAGAGACUGAUUUAAAACGCAUUAAAAGAAAUGGUAUUGUGCAAUAUUCUUUAAUUGAAGAAAAAUGCGAGGAGUUAAGUAAAUUUAGGAGAUAUUUGGCCUCCUUUCCGAAAGAGAAAUCUGACAGCGCCAUUUACUACCUUGUUAAAACGGAGAGAUCUGAAAUGAUGAUUGAUGGUUUGAUUAAUAUUUAUUCAAGGUUUAAUAAGAAAUUUAAUUAUCCAAUCAUAUUGUUUCAUGAACAAAAACUAUCACAGCAAUUGAAAGAUGAAUUCAGAAAUAUCUGUCCAAAGUGUAAUCUAUUUUUUCAGCUUAUAAACUUUACCGUUCCAACGCAAUAUAAAAGGAAUUUACCUUUGAUCGAUAAAUUACUUGUAAAGGAUGCUGGUAAAGGUCGGAUUUGCUCUAGAGCAGAGGAUGUUAACUAUAGAACGAUGUGCAGAUUUCAGUCUUUUCUUGUGUACGAAGAACCUAUUCUAGAUCAUUUAGAAUAUAUAUGGCGUUUAGAUGACGAUUCUCGAAUACUUUCUGAUAUUAAUUACGAUGUGUUUAACUUUAUGAGAGCAAAAAAAUUACUUUAUGGAUGGACGGUGGUCACUCAGGAUGAAGUUUUAUGUGUUAAGAAUUUAUGGGAAGCAGUAAAUUUAUAUGUUGAGGUCAAUCUUUUAAACCGUACAUGUUUUUUUCACAAGUGGCCUUAUCCUCUCAUUUUUAUGAAUAACUUUGAAAUAAGCUCCGUUUCUCUCUUUAAAUCGGACAGCUAUACAAAAUUUAUAUCUUAUCUUGAUAAUUUAGGGGGUAUUUAUAGGUAUAGAUGGGGUGAUGCCCCAAUAAAGACCAUAGCUGUUAGUUUAUUUGUCUCAUUGAAUCAAGUUCAUUAUUUUGAGGACAUAGAAUAUAAUCAUGGAGGAAUGAGGAAUCCUCCAGAUCCAAAGAGGGUGCAAAUUAAUUGGCAAAUAGAUCCAAAGAAGAUAUUUGACUUCAAGUUUAAUCCAAAAAAACAUUUUUAA